AUUUAACGACUUACGGCGAGUCAGUUCACUUUUCCCAGGGAGACGUCAACAAAGUUUCUGAGUGAGAUAACAUGGAAGACAACAACAACCAAGUGACAACAAAGUGCCAUCAGAAAGGGAAUAAUGGAUUUAGAACGGACCGUGUGGUUGUGCGUAAAUUCGAAAGCGCUGACUAUCCGGACGUCGAGCGCAUAUUCAUUGACGGGUUGAUGGAGAUGGUUCCGGAUACCGCGUUUAGAGGGUUAAAACAUCACCCCGAGAGCCUGCUCCUGUACGCCGCUAUGACAAUUGUUUGUUUUGUUGCGACCAAGUCGUUCUUGCUGACUUGUUUGGUGCCUCUCGCUGUCCUGUGCGCGCGCUGCUACUACAGCAGGAGAGUUGUCCUUGGUUACCUGGAGCGCGCCAAACUCACGGAUAUGGGCGACAUCGAGGGACAUUACAUGAAAACUCCAGACUCCUGUCUGUGGGUUGCAGUGCUGGAGGGCAGUGUGGUGGGUGUAGUGGCGGCCUGUGCCCUGCGGGGGGAAGCUGGCACUGUGGAGCUGCAUCGCAUGUCGGUGGACCGGCGCUGUCGGCAACGUGGGGUUGGCGUUGCCCUCGGGCGGAAGGUUCUACAAUAUGCAGCGGACCGUGGCUACCUCUCUGUCGUCUUGGGAACCACGGCCUACUCGCCGGCUGCUCACCAGCUAUACCAGACUCUGGGGUUCCGAUGCGUCGGCGUCACCAAGGGAUACGCCACGCCUGGCGUGAGCCGGUCGGUACUGGAGCAGCUCUUCUACCGGGUCAGUCAUCACCACUACCGGAAGGACAUGACCGUUCACAAUACUAACACUCACAGCCAGCAGUGAACACGGAACAGGGAUGGAGCACGGCACGGAACAGGGAUGGAGCACGGCACGGAACAGGGAUGGAGCACGGCACGGAACAGGGAUGGAGCACGGCACGGAACAGGGAUGGAGCACGGCACGGAACAGGGAUGGAGCACGGCACGGAACAGGGAUGGAGCACGGCACGGAACAGGGAUGGAGCACGGCACGGAACAGGGAUGGAGCACGGCACGGAACAGGGAUGGAGCACGGCACGGAACAGGGAUGGAACAGAA